GUCCUCGAUCAAAUUUAAAAUCAAAUUGGCUCUCAUUUUACAAUAACAAAAAAAAAUCUAAUAUCAUUCCUCUCUCUUCUUCCCCACCACCAGCCUCGUGUUUUCUCUGUCUUUUAUGUCAUAAAAAGGCUACACAAUUUCUACACAAAAACAUGAAUUCAUAAAAAAUUUAUAAAAAAAAGAAAAAGAAGAUGGAUUCUCCACCUCCACAAAACGGCAAAACUCUAAUUUUGCAGGACAGUAGAGACAAACAUUACAUCGGUGUAAGAAAACGGCCGUGGGGGAAGUUCGCGGCAGAAAUAAGGGAUUCGACGAGGCGCGGAGCUAGGGUUUGGCUGGGAACAUUCGCCACUGCGGAGGCGGCGGCGCUGGCCUACGAUCAAGCUGCAUUCGCAACGCGGGGGGCGUCGGCCUCCCUCAACUUCCCGCCGGAGCAAGUGGUGGAGUCGCUGCAGAAGAUGAACUACAGAUGCAAGGACGGCUCUUCGCCUGCUAAAACCCUAAAAGAGUCAUACAAGAAACCUGGUAGGAGUUGUAAGAAAAAGAUUAUCAAGGAAGAAGAGGAUGAUGAUGAUGUAGUUGUUCUUGAAGAUUUAGGGUCUGAUUUGUUGGAAGAGCUCUUGUCUAAAAAUUCAGAUUCCUGGUAAUUCUACGUUUUCUAAUUCUCCAUAUAUAUCAGCUUUCGAAAUAUAUAAUUAAAUCGUGUAUUUAUGGAUAUGGGAGAAGUUUAAUUUAUAUUAACCCUUGAAUCA